CCCAGAGUCUGUGGAAGCGAGUCCAGCUGUCAGUGAGAAGAAUGUGUACUCCAGCCACGGCUACGGGGCCACCCAGAAGCACAGCUAUCGCGGGCUGCCUUACGCAGAUCAUAACUAUGGAGCCCCUCCUCCUCCGACGCCGCCAGCCUCCCCUCCCGUCCAGACCAUUAUACCUCGUGCAGAACUGAACGGCCUGCACUCGCCUGAUGAGGAGAACUCCGGGGACAGCGAGAGCUCCUCAGAAGGAGAAUCGAUCCCCACGUGGUGCCACUGCAGCGUCUCCCAGGAUGGUUUCCUCCUCAAGUGCGAGAAGUGCAGAGGAAUGAGCAGGGGGAAGGUGAUCAGACUCCGCCGCCGGAAGCAGGACAAUGUGUCAGGUGGGGACAGCAGCGCAACGGAGAGCUGGGAUGAAGAGCUGUCUCCCUCUACGGUGCUGUACACGGCGACGCAGCACACCCCGACGAGCAUCACGCUGACUGUCAACCGCGUCCGUAGAAGCAAACCGAAGAAGAGGAAGAGGAGUACGGAAAAGGCCCGCACUGCUCCGAAGGCCAAAAAGAUCAAGGCCUUUCGAGAGGGCUCGCGGAAGUCUCUGAGGAUGAAGAAUUCCCCUUCGGAAGCGCACGCCUUGGACGAAAACACAGCGGAAGGGUGGGAGAAUCGAAUACGGCUCUGGACAGACCAGUACGAGGAGGCCUUUACUAACCAGUACAGCGCUGACGUGCAGAACUUGCUGGAGCGCCACCUGAACUCCAACAGAGAGUACGUGGGCAAAACUGCUGUGCUGGACACAAUCAACAAGACGGAGCUGGCCUGCAAUAACACCGUGAUCGGGUCCCAGAUGCAGCUGCAGCUGGGAAGGGUGACUCGGGUCCAGAAACACCGGAAGAUCCUGAGGGCGGCGAGAGACUUGGCGCUAGACACCCUUAUAAUUGAGUAUCGAGGGAAGGUUAUGUUACGGCAGCAAUUCGAGGUCAAUGGGCAUUUCUUCAAAAAGCCAUACCCCUUUGUGCUGUUCUACUCCAAGUUCAAUGGCGUUGAAAUGUGUGUCGAUGCCCGCACCUUCGGUAACGAUGCCAGGUUCAUCAGGCGUUCCUGCACCCCGAACGCAGAGGUUCGCCACGUGAUAGCCGAUGGGAUGAUCCACCUGUGCAUCUACGCCGUCGCCACCAUCGCCAAGGACACAGAGGUUACCAUCGCCUUUGACUAUGAGUACAACAUCUGCAACUAUAAAGUGGACUGUGCGUGUCACAAGGGGAACCGGAAUUGCCCUGUGCAGAAACGUAGCCCAAAUGCUGCAGAACACCUACCUCCACCUGUUUUAGGCACUCUGAUUGGGGCAGAAACACGCCGGCGAAAAGCCCGCCGAAAGGAGCUAGAAAUGGAACAGCAGGGCAUGGCGUCGGAUGAGAACGGCUCUCAGCAGAUGGAGGAGGCUCCUGAGGGACCCGCGGCGGGCAGUGACAAUGAGGUGGCAGAGAAGGAGGAGAAGCACGAAGGGGAGAAAGAGGAGCCUGUAGAUGAACAGGGAGCCUUGGUCCACAGCCGACGGUCCCGGGAGGACAGGAAGGUGGAGGCCAUCAUGCACAUGUUUGAAAACCUGGAAAGGAGGAAGAGGAGACGAGAGCAGCCAUCAGACCGUACCAGCACUGACGCUGACAUCAGCAUCAGUUCUGAAGCUCCUGAGCUGGAGGAAGUCAAAACAGAGACUCCUGAAGCUGAAGACGGAGGUUCGGCACCGAGCGCUGCGCCCCCGAGUGCUGCCAGCAGCCAGAGCAGCAGCGGGGUGAGCACGCGGCGGUCUUCGCAGGCAGCGGAGGCUGUCCCCGAAAAACCAGCUACAAAGCCAGCUCCAGCAAAACCCUCCAGGCCCCGGCCAAAAAGUCGCUUCUCCCGGUACCGGACCAGUUCAGCACAAAGACUGAGACGCAGGCAGUCGGCGGGAUCUGACCCAGCCGCUGGCCUGGCUGCAGGGCCUCAGUCGAACCGAGCUGCAGUCAAGUACCCCAAAACUAAAAAG